CUGAUUGACUGGUAUUUCUUUCACCAUGGAUGAGAUAGAAACAACUUCACUGCACUCCAGGCAUUCCCGCCGGGUGGCACCAUCCAAUGAAUCUUUAAAAAGUGUCAUUGAGAUCCGAAACCAAAGAAAGCUGCAUAUUCGCCAUGUGAACCCAAGAGAACGUGAUGAAAAAUUUAACAACGAAAUGCAGGCAUAUAUGCAGUACAGAGAAAAUGCCUUGUUAAAUAUUCCAGGUCCAUCAGUGCAUGCAAGGCUAACUAAGCCAAUUGAUACCUCAACUCAAGAUGCAAAAAAACAAUCAACCACAAAUGAAAACAUUGAAAUCAGUGCUCCCAAUCAGAUAAGAACCCCUGACCCUAAAUUAAGCAGAAGCUAUUCGGACACCCUACAAAUAGCAAGACCAAAGUCUGAGACGGAACCAUACGGUAGGCUGCAGGUCCAGUCACCAUCGCAUUCUAACCACUCUACGAGCGCGGAGUCAGUUUCAAAUGUUCAUUUAGAUGUCAGACCCAACUCAUUUAACGUUCAUCUUGAUGGUAUUGUCGAGAAAUCAGAGGAGGAGCUAAGUGAUUCAAUUCCUGCACCCAAAAGUGCUCGAUCUCCAAGAAGAACUAAAGGACAUAGACCUGUCAGUGCUAAAAAUUUAAAUGUGCGGUCAUUUGCCACAAGUGUUUCAAGCGCACUCUCUGAUUGUUUUCCAGAUCUUGAUGAAUGGAGAUCCUCUCACAAAGAUUCUCCAUUCAAAGAUGUAACUCUGUUUUUCAUACAUGGGGUCGGUGGAUCGGCUGACAUCUGGAAUCCUCAGAUUGAGUUUUUCGGAAGUCUGGGUUUGGAAAUAGUUGCCCCAGACCUGAUUGGCCAUGGUUUGAGCCCAGCGUCUUCCAAUGCGGCUGCAUACCAUUUUAAAGAAAUCCUGUCUGAUAUGGAAGCAAUGUUCGAUAAAUAUUGUAAAAGAGAGAAUAUCAUAAUUGGCCAUUCUUAUGGGUGUGCAUUUGCAGCUGCACUGGGUCGGCGUCGUGUGCGGCGGGUCACCAAGCUGGUUCUGGCGAGUGGGGGGGCCCCUGUACCGCUGGCCCCUCAAACGGGCCUUUUCUCACUACCGGUGUGCUUCCUGUCUUGUCUCAAACCUUGCAUCUUUAACAGGUUUGAAAGGAAUGCAUUCCACAACACAGCGCAGACAGGUGAAUCUCGUCAGCAUGCGUUUGACGUGCCUGUUCACGUGUUACGAAGCAUGAUGCAGGGACAGGAUUGGCUAGACGGCGACGCCCUCUUUCAUGAGUGGCUCACCAUGCCAAUACUGCUGCUACACGGCAAGUAUGACAGCUUUGUUACCCUGGAGGAGGAACAGGAAAUGCAUGAGGUCCUGCAUAAGUCUGAGCUUGUCAUCAUUGACAAUGCCAGUCACAUGGUGAUGAUGGAGUCCCCGCAGGAAGUGAACAAGGCCAUCUAUGAGUUCGUAUUCCAAGCCACACAUGAGGCUCACGAACCCAGCACGUCAAGAACUCGACCAAACAGCAGCAAAUCUACCAAGUCUGGAAGGAUGAAACACCCAUCAAAACAGCUGGCGUGAUUAGUGGUGAUAAUCAAAGAACAUGUUUUUAUGCCCCCAGCAUCUACAGAUGCAGGAAACAAACAGUCUGUUUGUUUGGUCACUAGAUCUUCCCUUCAUGCGAGAUUAACAAAAAAUGACGCGUUUCGUCUCACAUCAAUAGUGCUUUCACACAGCUUUGAUAAUGGCAUGGAUGUGAUCUAUGAACACUUUCAACACACUCACAUCACCUGCCAUUAUUUUGACCUUGGCAAUGACCUACUUUCUGAAUUAGUCCAAUUCAAAAGGUACACAUUUCCUGGAUGAACCAAAAUGAAACCAAAUGAACCAAACCCCUGACACUAGUUUUCUGUUGUUUUUUGUGUUUAACUUCAAAUCAAUGGUAAAAAAAAACUGGUCAAUAUGGUUUGAAUAUUUUGUUCAGUUUUAGAAUCAUAAUAUAAGUGUACCUUUUCCUAAAUAAAAUAAAUAAUGAAAUAAUUUUGUCCUACCCUAUUUUUAUGCCCCGGAAGGGGGGCAUAUAGUGAUCGGACUGUCCAUCCGUCUGUCCGUCCGUCUUCCGUCACACUUUGCGUUUAGGUUUCGUAUAAUGCUCAUAACUUCUAUGUCCCUUGAGAUAUAACCUUCAUAUUUGGUAUGCAUGUGUAUAUGGACAAGGCCUUUCCAUACGCACACAAAUUUUGACCCCUGUGACCUUGACCUUGAACUUAGGGUCUGUGUUUAGGUUUUGAAAACUGUGUUUAGGUUCCAAAAAAUGCUCAUAACUUCUUUGUCCCUUGAGAUAUAACCUUUAUAUUUGGUAUGCAUGUGUAUAUGGACAAGACCUUUCCAUACGCACACAAAUUUUGACCCCUGUGACCUUGACCUUGAACUUAGGGUCCGCGUUUCGGUUUCGAAAUCUGCGUUUAGGUUUUGAAAAUUGCUCAUAACUUCUAUGUUCAUUGAGAUAUAACCUUCAUAUUUGGUAUGCAUGUGUAUAUGGACAAGGCCUUUCCAUACGCACAAAAAUUGUGACCCCAGUGACAUUGACCUUGAACUUAGGGUCCAUGUUUAGGUUUUAAUAUCUGCAAUUUAGGUUCCGAAAAAUGCUAAAAACUUCUAUGUUCCUUGAGAUAGAACCUUCAUAUUUGGUAUGCAUGUUUAUAUAGACAAGCCCUUUCCAUACACACACAAAUUUUUACCCCUGUGACAUUGACCUUUAACCAGGGGUACGCGUUUAGGUUUCAAAAUUGCGUUUAGGUUUUGAAAAAUGCUAAUAACUUCUAUGUCCCUUGGAAAUAACCUUUAUAUUCCGUAUGCAUGUGUAUAUGGACAAGGCCUUUCCAUACGCACAAUUUUUUUUACCCCUGUGACCUUGACCUGGAACUUGGGGCCCGCGUUAACGUUUCAAAAUCUGCUUUUAGGUUUCGAAAAAUGCUCAACUUCUAUCAAAGGGUUUAUAGGGGGCAUAUGUCAUCCUAUGGUGACAGCUCUUGUUUACUAGUAAGUAUUUUUAAAAUACAUAUUUCAAUAUUUUAUAUGCCAUAUUAUGCCACAAAAUCACAAGAAUAUGAGUGGUACAGCAUUAUAAGUGCUAUGAAAUUACUAUGCAUAUGCAAGCUGCAGUAUAGUUAGUAUAUUAUAUUGUUGUUUACAGUAUGUAAAUACAAAAUCAUUCAGUUGAGAUUUGUAUGUAUAUAUAAACAGACGCUCAAAUGUGUUUUACAAUUGGUGUUGAAUUUUUUUAUCACAUGUUUUUGUUAAGGAGUCAGAGGAGUAGCAUUAAAUAACUUGCUUAUCUAUUUUUGUUUUAUUUCACAAUCUGGAUAAUCGUUAGCUAUAACUAUUAGUUUUAUUGCACAUUCUUUCUCUUACCCAUAUAUUCUUCUUCUUCUUCUUUCAGUAAUGUACAGGUCCCCUCUGGGGCAGUUUCGUACAUUCGUAUAUUGUCUGAUGUUUAUAUUGUUUAUGUGUCAUAUUGAAGUCCGGCAGUAUUUUAAAAAAAGUUUUUAAAUAAAAAAUUAAUAACAAUCAUUGCAAAUUUAGUGAAAACCCACAAUCUUUAAAAAAAUUAAGUGAUGUAUAAAUAUUGUUUAUUUUAUUGUUAGUUUUAAAAAAUUGUCCUUCUUAUGUUGUUUUUGUAUUGGUCUAAAUAAGAAAUUGAUGGGACCAAAGAGUUUCAAGUUUAAGUUUAUUUUUUUUAUAAUCACAAACAGUAUCACAGCAAAUAAUGACUCAUUGUGAGUUGCCUGUCCAUAGAACAAGGUUUAAAUAACUUAAAUCCGCCAGAACCCAAGUUCUUUCAAUUGUGCCAAACCCUGUCGAAGGCUUUGCUUAUGUCGCAAUUUACGAUACAGGUAGAUUGUUUUUUUUAUCAAAUGAUUUACAUAUUUGGUUAUACAUGUCAAUAAGUUGGUAAACAGUAGAAUUGCCUGGUAAAAAACCUGACUUAUUCUUGUAUAUAAGUUCAUUUGUGUGUAGGUAGUUGUAGAGGUAUCAAAACUACAAGUACCCUGCUCUGGUUUAGGUCAACAUACAACAUCAUCAUAUUGAAACAUUAACACAUAUGCUUAGUUUUAUGGUACAUGCAGAGCUAGCCGUUAUUGCAUUUUAUCACUCUCCAGUCAAGGUCAAUAUUACAAAGUAUUUCCACUAAAUAAGUUAAACUGCUAUGCUUGUAAUGGCUUUUUGGGCCUGUAAGGUCCAAAUGAAGGUCUUAAACAGAAACACAGUCGCUUCCCAUUUACUAGUUUUGAGAGAGGUUUUGUCUUUGAAUUUGUAUGUACUGGUAGGUAGCUUAUAAUGUAAACAUUGCCUGGAUUUGCCUAGUUAUUGUCCCCUACCGGUGAAACCGGAGGGGGCUUAAGGUUUGCAGUCCGUCUGUCUGUCUUUCCGUCAGCCAGUCCGUCACACUUUUCUGGAUCCUGCGAUAACUUUAAAAGUUUUUAAUAUUUUUUCAUGAAACUUGAAACAUGGAUAGAUGGCAAUAUGGAGAUUAUGUACGUCAUUUCAUUUUGUUCCUACGUCAAAAAUUUCUG